AUGGGGUCAUCAACAAUUACAGCGACAAGCAGUGCAGCAACAAGUACUGCACCAACUCCCACGUCAACAACAUCAGAAACAUCUGCAGGAAACCAGACUACAUCAGUAACUGCAAGUAUAACUGGCCCGAGCACAUCUCCAUCUGCAACCACUGAAACAACUCAACUAUCGACAAGUACAGCACCAAGCAGUGCAGUGACAAGCACAACACCAGUUCCCACGUCAACAACAUCAGAAACAACUGCAGCCAGCACAAGUUCAUCAGCAACUGAAAGUACAGCCGGCUCCACCACACCUCCAUCUGCAACCACGGAAACAACUCAACCAUCCACAAGUGCAGCACCAAGCAGUGCAGUCACAAGCACAACACCAGUUCCCACGUCAACAACAUUAGAAACAACUGCAGCCAGCACAACAUCAUCAGCAUCUGAAAGUACAACUGGCCCCACCACAUCUCCAUCUGCAACCACUGAAACAAAUGCAUCAUCCACAAGUACGGAGACAAGCAGUGCAGCAACAAGUACUGCACCAACUCCCGCAUCAACAACAUUAGAAACAUCUGCAGCAAGCACGAGUAGAUUAGGGAAUGAAAGUACACCCGAUCCCACCACAUCUCCAUCUGCAACCACUGAAACAACUCAGCCAUCCACAAGUACAGCACCAAGCAGUGCAGCCACAACCACAGCACCAGUUCCCACGUCAACAACAUUAGAAACAACUGCAGCCAGCACAACUUCAUCAGCAUCUGAAACUACAUCCGGCCCCGCCACAUCUCCAUCUGCAAACACGGAAACAACUCAACCAUCCACAAGUACAGCACCAAGCAGUGCAGUCACAAGCACAACACCAGUUCCCACGUCAACAACAUUAGGAACAACUGCAGCCAGCACAAGUUCAUCAGCAUCUGAAGGUACAACUGGCCCCACCACACCUCCAUCUGCAUCCACUGAAACAAGUGCAUCAUCCACAAGUACGGAGACAAGCAGUGCAGCAACAAGUACUGCACCAACUCCCACAUCAACAACAUUCGAAACAUCUGCAGCAAGCACGAGUACAUCAGGGACUGAAACUACACCCGGCCCCACCACAUCUCCAUCUGCAACCACUGAAACAACUCAACCAUCCACAAGUACAGCACCAAGCAGUGCAGUCACAAGCACAAUACCAGUUACCACAUCAACGACAUUAGAAACAACUGCAGCCAGCACAACUUCAUCAGCAUCUGAAAGCACAUCCGGCCCCACCACAUCUCCAUCUGCAACCACGGAAACAACUCAAGCAUCGACAAGUACAGCACCAAGCAGUGCAGUCACAAGCACAACACCACUUCCCACAUCAACAACAUCAGAAACAACUGCAGCCAGCACAAGUUCAUCAGCAUCCGAAAGUACAACGGGCCCCACCACACCUCCAUCUGCAUCCACUGAAACAACUCAACCAUCCACAAGUACAGUACCAGGCAGUGCAGUGACAAGCACAACACCAGUUCCCACAUCAACAACAUUAGAAACAACUGCAGCCAGCACAAGUUCAUCAGCAUCUGAAAGUACAUCCGGCCCCACCACACCUCCAUCUGCAACCACGGAAACAACUCAACCAUCCACAAGUGCAGCACCAAGCAGUGCAGUCACAAGCACAACACCAGUUCCCACGUCAACAACAUUAGAAACAACUGCAGCCAGCACAACUUCAUCAGCAUCCGAAAGUACAACUGGCCCCACCACAUCUCCAUCUGCAACCACUGAAACAACUCAGCCAUCCACAAGUACAGCACCAAGCAGUGCAGCCACAACCACAGCACCAGUUCCCACGUCAACAACAUUAGAAACAACUGCAGCCAGCACAACUUCAUCAGCAUCUGAAACUACAUCCGGCCCCGCCACAUCUCCAUCUGCAAACACGGAAACAACUCAACCAUCCACAAGUACAGCACCAAGCAGUGCAGUCACAAGCACAACACCAGUUCCCACGUCAACAACAUUAGGAACAACUGCAGCCAGCACAAGUUCAUCAGCAUCUGAAGGUACAACUGGCCCCACCACACCUCCAUCUGCAUCCACUGAAACAAGUGCAUCAUCCACAAGUACGGAGACAAGCAGUGCAGCAACAAGUACUGCACCAACUCCCACAUCAACAACAUUCGAAACAUCUGCAGCAAGCACGAGUACAUCAGGGACUGAAACUACACCCGGCCCCACCACAUCUCCAUCUGCAACCACUGAAACAACUCAGCCAUCCACAAGUACAGCACCAAGCAGUGCAGCCACAACCACAGCACCAGUUCCCACGUCAACAACAUUAGAAACAACUGCAGCCAGCACAACUUCAUCAGCAUCUGAAAGUACAACUGGCCCCACCACACCUCCAUCUGCAUCCACUGAAACAAGUGCAUCAUCCACAAGUACGGAGACAAGCAGUGCAGCAACAAGUACUGCACCAACUCCCACAUCAACAACAUUCGAAACAUCUGCAGCAAGCACGAGUACAUCAGGGACUGAAACUACACCCGGCCCCACCACAUCUCCAUCUGCAACCACUGAAACAACUCAACCAUCCACAAGUACAGCACCAAGCAGUGCAGUCACAAGCACAAUACCAGUUACCACAUCAACGACAUUAGAAACAACUGCAGCCAGCACAACUUCAUCAGCAUCUGAAAGCACAUCCGGCCCCACCACAUCUCCAUCUGCAACCACGGAAACAACUCAAGCAUCGACAAGUACAGCACCAAGCAGUGCAGUCACAAGCACAACACCACUUCCCACAUCAACAACAUCAGAAACAACUGCAGCCAGCACAAGUUCAUCAGCAUCCGAAAGUACAACGGGCCCCACCACACCUCCAUCUGCAUCCACUGAAACAACUCAACCAUCGACAAGUACAGCACCAAGCAGUGCAGUCACAAGCACAACACCAGUUCCCACGUCAACAACAUUAGAAACAACUGCAGCCAGCACAACUUCAUCAGCAUCCGAAAGUACAACUGGCCCCACCACAUCUCCAUCUGCAACCACUGAAACAACUCAGCCAUCCACAAGUACAGCACCAAGCAGUGCAGCCACAACCACAGCACCAGUUCCCACGUCAACAACAUUAGAAACAACUGCAGCCAGCACAACUUCAUCAGCAUCUGAAACUACAUCCGGCCCCGCCACAUCUCCAUCUGCAAACACGGAAACAACUCAACCAUCCACAAGUACAGCACCAAGCAGUGCAGUCACAAGCACAACACCAGUUCCCACGUCAACAACAUUAGGAACAACUGCAGCCAGCACAAGUUCAUCAGCAUCUGAAGGUACAACUGGCCCCACCACACCUCCAUCUGCAUCCACUGAAACAAGUGCAUCAUCCACAAGUACGGAGACAAGCAGUGCAGCAACAAGUACUGCACCAACUCCCACAUCAACAACAUUCGAAACAUCUGCAGCAAGCACGAGUACAUCAGGGACUGAAACUACACCCGGCCCCACCACAUCUCCAUCUGCAACCACUGAAACAACUCAACCAUCCACAAGUACAGCACCAAGCAGUGCAGUCACAAGCACAAUACCAGUUACCACAUCAACGACAUUAGAAACAACUGCAGCCAGCACAACUUCAUCAGCAUCUGAAAGCACAUCCGGCCCCACCACAUCUCCAUCUGCAACCACGGAAACAACUCAAGCAUCGACAAGUACAGCACCAAGCAGUGCAGUCACAAGCACAACACCACUUCCCACAUCAACAACAUCAGAAACAACUGCAGCCAGCACAAGUUCAUCAGCAUCCGAAAGUACAACGGGCCCCACCACACCUCCAUCUGCAUCCACUGAAACAACUCAACCAUCCACAAGUACAGUACCAGGCAGUGCAGUGACAAGCACAACACCAGUUCCCACAUCAACAACAUUAGAAACAACUGCAGCCAGCACAAGUUCAUCAGCAUCUGAAAGUACAUCCGGCCCCACCACACCUCCAUCUGCAACCACGGAAACAACUCAACCAUCCACAAGUGCAGCACCAAGCAGUGCAGUCACAAGCACAACACCAGUUCCCACGUCAACAACAUUAGAAACAACUGCAGCCAGCACAACUUCAUCAGCAUCCGAAAGUACAACUGGCCCCACCACAUCUCCAUCUGCAACCACUGAAACAACUCAGCCAUCCACAAGUACAGCACCAAGCAGUGCAGCCACAACCACAGCACCAGUUCCCACGUCAACAACAUUAGAAACAACUGCAGCCAGCACAACUUCAUCAGCAUCUGAAACUACAUCCGGCCCCGCCACAUCUCCAUCUGCAAACACGGAAACAACUCAACCAUCCACAAGUACAGCACCAAGCAGUGCAGUCACAAGCACAACACCAGUUCCCACGUCAACAACAUUAGGAACAACUGCAGCCAGCACAAGUUCAUCAGCAUCUGAAGGUACAACUGGCCCCACCACACCUCCAUCUGCAUCCACUGAAACAAGUGCAUCAUCCACAAGUACGGAGACAAGCAGUGCAGCAACAAGUACUGCACCAACUCCCACAUCAACAACAUUCGAAACAUCUGCAGCAAGCACGAGUACAUCAGGGACUGAAACUACACCCGGCCCCACCACAUCUCCAUCUGCAACCACUGAAACAACUCAACCAUCCACAAGUACAGCACCAAGCAGUGCAGUCACAAGCACAAUACCAGUUACCACAUCAACGACAUUAGAAACAACUGCAGCCAGCACAACUUCAUCAGCAUCUGAAAGCACAUCCGGCCCCACCACAUCUCCAUCUGCAACCACGGAAACAACUCAAGCAUCGACAAGUACAGCACCAAGCAGUGCAGUCACAAGCACAACACCACUUCCCACAUCAACAACAUCAGAAACAACUGCAGCCAGCACAAGUUCAUCAGCAUCCGAAAGUACAACGGGCCCCACCACACCUCCAUCUGCAUCCACUGAAACAACUCAACCAUCCACAAGUACAGUACCAGGCAGUGCAGUGACAAGCACAACACCAGUUCCCACAUCAACAACAUUAGAAACAACUGCAGCCAGCACAAGUUCAUCAGCAUCUGAAAGUACAUCCGGCCCCACCACACCUCCAUCUGCAACCACGGAAACAACUCAACCAUCCACAAGUGCAGCACCAAGCAGUGCAGUCACAAGCACAACACCAGUUCCCACGUCAACAACAUUAGAAACAACUGCAGCCAGCACAACUUCAUCAGCAUCCGAAAGUACAACUGGCCCCACCACAUCUCCAUCUGCAACCACUGAAACAACUCAGCCAUCCACAAGUACAGCACCAAGCAGUGCAGCCACAACCACAGCACCAGUUCCCACGUCAACAACAUUAGAAACAACUGCAGCCAGCACAACUUCAUCAGCAUCUGAAACUACAUCCGGCCCCGCCACAUCUCCAUCUGCAAACACGGAAACAACUCAACCAUCCACAAGUACAGCACCAAGCAGUGCAGUCACAAGCACAACACCAGUUCCCACGUCAACAACAUUAGGAACAACUGCAGCCAGCACAAGUUCAUCAGCAUCUGAAGGUACAACUGGCCCCACCACACCUCCAUCUGCAUCCACUGAAACAAGUGCAUCAUCCACAAGUACGGAGACAAGCAGUGCAGCAACAAGUACUGCACCAACUCCCACAUCAACAACAUUCGAAACAUCUGCAGCAAGCACGAGUACAUCAGGGACUGAAACUACACCCGGCCCCACCACAUCUCCAUCUGCAACCACUGAAACAACUCAACCAUCCACAAGUACAGCACCAAGCAGUGCAGUCACAAGCACAAUACCAGUUACCACAUCAACGACAUUAGAAACAACUGCAGCCAGCACAACUUCAUCAGCAUCUGAAAGCACAUCCGGCCCCACCACAUCUCCAUCUGCAACCACGGAAACAACUCAAGCAUCGACAAGUACAGCACCAAGCAGUGCAGUCACAAGCACAACGCCACUUCCCACAUCGACAACAUUAGAAUCAACUGCAGCCAGCAGAAGUUCAUCAGCAUCUGAAAUUAAAUCCGGCCCCACCACAUCUCCAUCUGCAACCACUGUAACAAAUGCAUCAUCCACAAGUACAGAGACAAGUAGUGCCGCAACAACUACUGCACCAACUCCCACAUCAACAACAUUAGAAACUUCUGCUGAGAGCACGACUACAUCAGGGAUUGAAAAUACACCCGGCCCCUCCACAUCUCCAUCUGCAACCACUGAAACAACUCAAGCAUCGACAAGUAUCGCACCAAGCAGUGCAGUCACAAGCACAACACCAGUUCCCACAUCAACAACAUUAGAACCAACUGCAGUCAGCACAAGUUCAUUAGAAUCCGAAAGUACAUCCGGCCCCACCGCAUUUUCAUCUGCAACCACUGGUCAGUAUUCUUAA